AUGCCACACUCGCGUCACAUUGGAAUGGGCAGCAGACCCACUCCUCAACUCAAGACCGAGAAUCUCGACAUGGACUCCUUCUUCGACUUCAACCAGGGCAACAACGCCUCGCCCGUCACCGCAUCCUCCUCCCGCAACGACGCCCUGCCUUUUGAGAAGGAGGAGCGGCAACACUUCAGCGGCCCGAGCCACGACUAUGGCCAGUUCAAGCAGCAAGUCGGCCUCCCCGUCGGAAGCAUGGCCAACAUGCCCAUGAACGGCAGCAACAUGUACGACGGCUUCAACUCGGGAAUCGACGAGUAUGGCUUCAACUCGGGCUUGGGAUGGAACUCGGGCCUCGACAUGGACGGCGAUAUGGGCAUGGACUUGAACAGCCAGCACUCCAUGCCGCCCAUGUUCUUCCCCUCCAACGACAGCCCCUCCGACAAAUACGUCAACCCCAACAGCGUCGGCGGCCACGAGGAACCACAGAGUAACGUCGGUCGCCUAUGGCCUGGCAUGCACUCUCAGCAGGCCCAGCAGGCCGCCAUGCAGAAGGCUGCCCAGGCACAGGCAGUCCAGCAGCGUCAAAUGAAACUGCAGGCCCAGCAAGCCCAGUACCGCCAAGCUGCCACUCCUUCCCAGAGCCAGGGGAGCCAAGCCGCUUCUCAGCAGACUAACGGCAACCCCAAGCGCGUCUCCCACACCGCCGAACCCCACGUCGAGGAGUCCAUCUCCCGCCUGCUCAAUCAGAUGCGUCAAAACAGCCACGUUUCUUCCGACGAUGCCGGUUCGCCGUCUGGAAACGUGCUUCCCCACAUUGCUCGCAUGAAGAAGGAUGAGGAGGAGAUGGACGAGGAUGAGCGUCUUCUCGCUUCAGAGGAGGGCAAGAAGCUCUCCAGCAAGGAGCGUCGUCAAUUGAGGAAUAAGGUUUCCGCGCGUGCUUUCCGCUCGAGGAGAAAGGGUAAGGCUCUUGACUCGUGUGCACCAUCCUACCUCUGUACUAACUUCGUCUCAGAAUACAUUGGCCAGCUCGAAGGCGAGGUUGCCCUCAAGACACAGGAGAGCAACAACCUGCGCCAAGAAAACCAGGCUCUCAUGCACGAGAAUGACCGUUACCGGGGCCUUAUCGAGACCCUCCUCCGCCACCCUGCCUUCACUCCAUUCAUCAACGACAUCUCCAAGGAUCCGUCCGUGCUGCUGCCGCCACAACAACCCCAGCAGCAGCAACCCCAGCCACAGCGACAGCCUUCUGUCACUCCCACCCCUCAGCCCCAGGCGCAGUCCCAGCAGGCACAGCAGCAGCAGCAGCAGCAGCAGCAGCAACAGCCGCAGCAAGAUGUCAAGCCUGACUUUCUGAACAUGGAUUACUCUCAGGUCCACGUACCUCAACAGCAAUCGCAGGCGGAGCAGCAACAAGUUGGUCUUGCCAUGAUUCCGGAGAACGACUUCAGCAAGCUCAACAUCAACAGCUUUAACUCGAUGAACAACUACUCGAACUUCAACAGCGUCAAUGCCUACGCGGUGACCGACUUGCCCGUCGGCCCUGACCCUGUCGACUUGUUGCUCGACUCGCCUGCCCACCUGCCAUACUCUGCUGCUCCUGCCACCAUGACUGCUACCUGUUCGGAUUCCGGUAUCAGCCUCUUGCUUGCCAAGCUCGACCGAGCGGCAGGUAGACUGGCUGCGUAG